AUGAGUAGGCAAAUUGAUUUAUAUUUUUGUGUAAUCCAUGUAUAUACAAAUCAUGAUUACUUGUAUCUACAUAACUGCCUAAUUCAAAUAAAGGAGGAAUUAUUGGUUAAUUGCAAUCUAGACAUUUUAGUUUUGACAAGACAAGCAUCUGGAGCAAUGACAUUACCAGUUUGCAACAGUACCGUUAAUAAAACAGAGUGCAUGUUUUCCUCAAUCCAUUGGACAGAUCUGAAACUGACAUAUGGUCUCGCUUUAAUAAUUAUCGCACUAAUAUGGGCACUCAUACUGGUACUCACAAAAAAAACACACUCUCCAUCUUCAUGGAAUUCAAUCUUAAUUAUUGAAACCUUGAUCCUAUUGAUUAUCGGUGUUACAUUACACACUCCAAAUGUAAACAAUUAUGUGCAAGUCAUUGCUUUCAUAGUGCCAUGCUUGUUGACGAUCUUCGCUAUGAUAUUGGGUCAGAGAUUAUUAAGCUCAGCAGUCAAAUGGAGGAUACUACUUUUUUCAGUUUCCUGUGUACUGGCAAUAGUUGGAAUGGUCUCUAACAUUUUAAGUGUCAUUUACAAGGAUAAACCAAACAUUGCAUUGAUAAUUUCAUCAUUCAUUUGCUGGUGUGCUGUUAUGUUUACUGUGAUUGCAUUGACCAUAUAUUAUUUGUUCACAGCUACAUCAAAAAAAUAA